AGCUCUCCCUCCCUCCCACGUGACGUGCUGAGAUGAAGUCACAGAUAUGCACGCGGUGUAGAGGAGAGGCGCUAUGUCGGGCAGCGGGGAAGCGCAAGGAGCAGAUACUAAAGUUGGAGAACAUGGCUACCGGGCGAGGAUAGAGGAGAAUGUGGAGGGGGACGACUUCUCCGACAUCAGUGACUCUGAGCUCCUCAGUUUGCAGGAAGCGGCGGAGAGCUGUGAUGCAUAUAUAUCCGAUAAAGACGGUGUGGAAACCUUAGAUGACAUUACAAGCCCUAGAAAAAGUGAUGUAGAUGUGAACUCACCAGCUGAAGAUCAGCUCCACAAUCGUGCAGGAUUAAGCUACAGUGAAAUACCUGGUCCAUCAGAGAUAACACCGAAGAAAAGGAAACGGGAAUUACUGACCCCACUGCAGAAAUAUCAUAUGAGGCACUUGGCUGUGACAGACAUUUGCUCCCAGAUGUGGUGUGAACAACAAAUGGUGUACAAAAUUGAGCAGCCAUUAGCUUUCAGACCAGGAAAGACUGCUGCAAUGAAUGAGGGAUCCAGUAUACAUUUGGCCAGAGAGUUGGAGCUACAUGAUGUUGUAUCGGUGACUACACAGACUCGUGAAGACAUCUGGGCAAUAAAAUGUCUCAAUAUUUUAGCAAUGAUUCCGGUUUUACAGUCUGGUGGUCGCAUUCGUGAAUUUCCAGUUUUAGGAGAACUGGAUGGUAUUUUCAUGGUCGGAGUAAUUGAUGAAUUGGGUUACUCCUCCAUUGGUGAGCUGGAACUGCGGGAACUGAAAACACGAGCAACCCCAACCUUGCCUCGACUGGCUCAGAGAAGAACUCACGAGCUCCAGGUUUGUGUAUACAAGCUGCUGUUUGAUGGCAUGGUGAGUGGUGUUCUACAAUCAGAAUAUUUAAUCCAGAUCUUGAACCUGAGACCAGAACAAGAACUGGGACCUCAAGUAAAGGAAAAUGCACUUCAGUGUGGGCUGACUGUGUCUACACUGAAAGAUAUCAUAGAGCUGACCUGCCUGAACCUGAUUUUCUCAGAGUUGCCCAGGAUUGACCGCUUAAAGCUGGAAUAUUGCUAUCAGGGGGAUGCAACCUUAUUAGGAUGUGACAUGGUGAACUUUAAAGAGGAGAGUGUUAUGGAACAAGUGACAUUUUAUUUAUCCUUCUGGAAAGGACAGAGAGAGAUCCAGGGAGUUGAUAUAGAAGAUGCCUGGAAGUGCAGAAUGUGUGACUAUUCUAAUAUAUGUAAAUGGAGAAAACAACACAGGACUCCGACAAAGAGAUUUAAAUGAAGACUAACUUUUUCAACUAUGAUGUCAUGACCAUUAGAAAUACACUUACAGGAUGUCUCCACUUUACAAGGCGCGACCUCAAUGCUCUGUCUAAUUGGGCGACUAUGUGGUAGAAGAGGUUUA